CGGCGGCGGCGCAAGAUGGCGGCGGAGCGGCAGGUGGCCGGCGGCGGUGGCCGCCGCGGGGGAAGCGGCGGCGGCGGUGGCGGGGCCGGGGCCGGCCCGGAGGAGAACAAGGAGAAUGAGAAGCCCGCGGGGCCGAAGGCGGGGAGCCUCGGGGACAGCCUGGGCCUAGAGAUCCUUCAGAUUAUUAAGGAAUCCCAACAGCAGCAUGGUUUACGGCACGGAGAUUUCCAGAGAUACAGGGGUUAUUGCUCCCGCAGGCUAAGACGACUCCGAAAAACUCUUAGCUUCAAGAUGGGAAAUAGACACAAGUUCACAGGGAAGAAAGUAACUGAGGAGAUUCUCUCUGACAACAGGUACUUGCUGUUGAUACUGAUGGAUGCAGAGAGAGCCUGGAGCUACGCAAUGCAGCUUAAGCAGGAAGCCAACACAGAACCCCGCAAGCGAUUUCAUUUGCUUUCUCGCCUGCGCAAAGCCGUGAAACAUGCUGAGGAGCUGGAGCGCCUGUGUGAAAGCAAUCGGGUGGAUGCCAAGACUAAGCUGGAAGCUCAGGCGUACAUGGCUUACCUCACAGGAAUGCUGCACUUUGAACACCAGGAGUGGAAAGCGGCUAUGGAGGCUUUCAACAAAUGCAAGACGAUAUAUGAAAAACUGGCCAGUGCUUUCACAGAGGAACAGGCUGUGCUAUAUAAUCAGCGCGUGGAGGAGAUUUCACCCAACAUUCGCUAUUGUGCCUAUAAUAUUGGUGACCAGUCUGCUAUCAGUGAGUUAAUGCAGAUGAGACUGAGAUCUGGUGGCACAGAGGGUCUUCUUGCUGAAAAAUUAGAGUCACUGAUCACCCAGACUCGAGCAAAGCAGGCAGCUACCAUGAGUGAGGUGGAAUGGAGGGGAAGAACUGUCCCAGUGAAGAUAGACAAAGUGAGGAUCUUUUUAUUGGGGCUGGCAGAUAAUGAAGCGGCCAUUGCUCAGGCAGAAGGAGAGGAAACAAAGGAACGUCUGUUUGAGUCUUUACUCAGCGAGUGUCGAGAUGCCAUACAGGCUGUUCGCGAAGAGCUGAAACCAGACCAGAAGCAACGGGAACAUUCUCUGGAAGUGGAUUCUGGGAAAGUGUCCAAUAUCCAGUACCUUCAUAGUUACCUGACUUACAUCAAGCUGUCAACAGCCAUCAAGCGCAAUGAGAGCAUGGCAAAAGCUUUGCAGAAGACACUGCUGCAGGAGCAACAGUCAGAGGAUGAUGGCAAGCGUACAGCACGGCCUCAGGACCUGAUUCGCCUUUAUGACAUCAUCUUGCAGAAUCUGGUGGAACUGCCACAACUUCCUGGCCUGGAAGAGGAUAAGAACUUCCAGAAGGAGAUAGGACUGAAGACACUUGUGUACAAGGCUUAUAGGUGUUUCUUCAUUGCCCAGUCCUAUGUACUGGUGAAAAAGUGGAGUGAAGCCCUUGUUUUGUAUGACAGAGUCCUGAAGUAUGCCAGUGAAGUCCAGGCCCAGGCUGGUGCUUAUAAGAACAGCUUGAAGGAGUUGCCUGAUGUCCAGGAGCUGAUCAAUCAAGUGAAUGCAGAGAAAUACUCCCUGCAGGCAGCUGCUAUAUUAGAUGCAAAUGACACCCAUGAGACUGAGUCUCCCUCUCAGGUCAAGGAUGGCAAGCUACUCUCUGAACGGUUUGAGACAUUCUGCCUGGAUCCCUCUCUUGUCAGCAAACAAGCCAGCCUGGUGCAUUUCCCUCCUGGGUUCCAGCCAGUCCCAUGCAAACCCUUGUUCUUUGACCUGGCCCUCAACCAUGUUGCUUUCCCACCUCUGGAGGACAAGGUGGAGCAGAAAGCGAAGAGUGGUCUCACAGGAUAUAUCAAGGGCAUCUUUGGAUUCAGAAGUUAACUCGUGGCCUUCAAAGGAGGUCUUAUUCUGUUGUGGGAAAGCUCCAACAGGGUCCAGAACAUAAAUAUCUGCGUCCGAAACCAAUAAGGGGAGACUCUUACCAUCUUCCCUGUGUUGUGUAUGUGCCUGUGCACGUGCGUUCUUUCCCAGUGUAUUAGAGGAAAACAGUCUACCCCAGGACCAUGUGUACUAUAUAAAUGUCUGAUAACAUCUGGAGCAGAGAAAUUCCAUUGUCCUCUGAAAAGUUGGAGUUUGCUUUUUGACCAGUGCCCCAUUAAGGGUCAAUACACACAAUCGACCAGGCAUAGACGUAUCUUGAUGUUCAUCGAUGGUUGACGUUAUAAUUUGAAUCUCUGAUCAGAACAUUCUUUGGGGGUGGGAGGAGAAGGCAGGUGUUGAGGAACCAGAAUUCACAAAGGGGUCUGCCUAGGCAAAGCGUAUGAAACACUAGCUAGGGAGACUGGAUUCCUGCUAGUGUGCCACCUACCACACCCUGACUUAAAAAUAUAUAUAGUUAUGUAAAGAGAAAUCUGUCUUUAUUUUUAAAAAAUGUUGCAUUCAAAAACGAGAGCUGAAACUCUUGUGCUAAGAGCAGGGGUGGUAAAUACUUUAAUAAAUGUUAAUGAUUACCUAAUCUGUGGUGGAGUCUUGUCUGAAUUUACACAUUGCAGCAUCUGUGUAAUCCUUCCUCAUUGGGACAUCUGCGUAAAUGCCGAACUACAGUAUAGAACCCAUUCCGAAAAGACUGUUCUUGGGAACUUAGUUGCUCAUGGGUGGUUUUAAAAGGAGCUGCUCUCAGUCUUCAUGGAAAACUGACAGUCUGUUUAUUUAUCCUACACGCUCAUUUCCUUUCUUCUCACUUAAGCAGGCUUGCCUGAAAACAAGAUGAUCUUUGUCUGGAGUUGAUCUCCUACUUAUUUCUCAUCUUCAGUCUUCUGACUUUGCUAUUGCAUUUGAUUGUUAUGGAAAUAAUUUAAGAUGAGGAAUAAGUAACAGGAGCCCAGUGGAUUUUUAAGCAACAAGAUCCUCUCUUGUACUAGGCUACGUUUUUGUAAGAUUGCCCAGAUGCUAUGGUGAUGGAUGCUUUUGAAAUGCAGGUAAUUUCAUAUUGCUGUCUUUAAUUUAAAAAAAAAAAGGGCAGAACUGUUCCUAAAUAAAAUUUGAAACUUUUCCAUAAGCCAUGUUUGGGUCUUCACUGAAGUUUACUGUAGUUGGAUGCUGAGAUGUAGCAGUUUGAUAGCCUACAAGUUGUCUUGGUUUUCAUACUGCCUCUCACUGCUGCAUUGUUUCAGCAUGAGGGCUUGGAAGUCCACAGGCUGGAAACAAGAAAAACUGGUUUAUGCAGAUCUGGAUUGUGCAGUUUUGGAAAUAUUCCAUUAAAGAUGCUUCUCUUCAUGAGAUUGGAGAGCAAUAUGGAAUUAAUAUAAGAUUUUCCAAUUGUGUUUAAACCUAACAUAGACUUGGUAUUCCAAGUUGAUCUGAUUCAUUAAUUCUUAAAGUACAAGGCAAUUUCUUGCAGGAGGAUUCCUAUGCCUAGAGGUCAAGGGAGUGGUGGGAGGGAAAAGGAAACUGACCCUAUUCUCUGUAUAUUUUACAACAUGAAAAUCAAGUGGGUUUCUUGAUAUUCUGAAUCUUCAUUUAGUAUGUACCUGGAAGGGGGAUUUUAUAGAAGAAAUCAAACUUAAGCUGAAGAAAAGCUGGAUGUUAAAGAAUAUUUUUUAAUUUAUCAAAUGAUGAAAUUUCAAACACAGUUGUGGUCUGUGGUCUGUGGAACACUGAUUUCUGUCAGUUCUCCAUAAAGCCUGUUUGUUUAAUUUAGAAUGAAGACAUAGUCAUGUGAUACACUGACACAGCCCUUUUCUGGCAACUUGCCUCAUGGUGUUUUUCUGUGACUGUACUUUGCUCUGAACUUCUCUCCUUUUUCAGAUUUUACAUUAUAUCAAUUUGAGAAUUAUUUUUCUGUUUGGAAUGCAAACUGUUUCUGUUUGUUCGCCUUCUCCUGCCCCAAGUUUAUGGGGCUCUGGCCUCAUUCCAGUGAAACUUAGGUUGAAGCCAGUUUCUGAUUGGUUGCUGUUACAAAUGGUUAAAGGUAGUUAGCCUCUUUUUUAAACAUCCUGUGACACACAACUGAUUAGUUUGGACACACAAGAAAUCCUAAAACAAUAAAGUUUUAUUCCUGA